CCGAAUUUUAAUCUGCUACCGCCCACCAAGUGGAAAACCAGAUCAGCGGGUGGUAUUGCCGCUUUGGUCGAUGAGACAUCUUCUGUUCAUUUGUCUACUUUUCCGCUCUUCCUACCCUCUGUUCCUCCCCAACCUACGCCUGCUUCUGAGUUGGAGCUGGGAGAUCCUGAUUUCUAUAAGAUAGGUUACGUUAGGAGUAUGCGAGCUUAUGGAAUUGAAUUCAGAGAAGGUCCUAAUGGUUUUGGAGUGCCUCUAAAGACGUUGAGCCUCUUCGCCGUGCCAGG